CACAAAGUACCUGUGUAACCACCACUAUCACUUACAAGGGGAAGAAAGGGUGAGAGAAAAAAGAGGAGGGAGAGUGAAAGCAUCACUGCUGACAAGGUAAUGGUGAGGCGGGCGAGGAGGGAGUAAACGGCCAAACUGAAAUGCAGAAGCACCUGCUGCACUGAGCGUCACUGCUGGUAAAGAGAGAAGAGAAACAGGGAAAGAAAGACAAGCAGAGAGGAGUGAAGACAUUACAGGAUGGACGAGGCAGAAAAAUGAAGGAAAGGACUGAUUGACAAGUGAGGGGGUGUAAGAUGAGGCACUGAGAGGAACAUGCUUUCCAAGACCAGGAUGUAUGUUCGGGAUACAUUUUAUGUUUUAAGGGAAGACGUGUGUUUCUGAAAAAGAUUUAAUCUUCAGUCUUCAAAUAACAUGUGGAGAGACAGGAAGUGACUUCUAUUCUGCUGUCAAAGUACAGAAGGGUGACAAUUUACACCCAUCAAAGAGGGCCCCGGAUUGGUGAUGUCACGUGAACGGCUGCCUCUCAUUGGUUCAUCUGGGGGUAAAACAACAGCCAAGCCACCUCUCUCCUCCCCAGCUCUCCAUCAGGCUAAUCGCAGAAAACGCAGCCAGCAGCAAACAUCAUCCUCCUCCUCGCACCCUCAUCCAGGGCCCUCCUCCAUCCUCCUCUCAGACUCCACCAUGACACCUUGGGGCGGCCUGGCUCUCUCCGAAUCCUCCUUCACGGCAAUCCCCCCACCUCUCCCGCCGAGGCCCCCUCCGCCUCCGCCUCCACCCCCUCCUGCUCCUCAGCCCACGCCAUCCUCCCCUUAUCGCGGGAGACAGAAUGACAAUGAAGUUUCAUGUUCCAGUUUUAACUCUGAGGUUCCAUCUCCACCUGUUGCAGUCCUUCAGGACAGCGCAGGUGGAGGGGGUAGAGGGUUGCGGGCGAGGCGGAGGAUUUUGCCCCAGCGCCGGGUGCCUCGUCCUCCCCGUCUCCCACCUCUGCGUCCCGUCACCAACCUCAGUUUCUCGCGGAGCUUCACCUUCUCUUUCUUCGAGUUGCCUCUUCACCAGUCACCUCGUUGCCGUGCCGAACGCAUCAGAAACCUCAUGCUGCUUUUGAGACAGAUACACUAUUGAAGAAUCAGUGCUACGGGGACAGUUCAUUUUUGUAUUUUCCUAUGCAUAGAACAUAGGAAUCUGCUUUUCUCUAGUGUAUUAUUUGGUUUUAUUACUGCUACAUUUUAAAUAUCAGUAUACAAAUGUCAUAUGAGUGAUGUACAUAAAUGUAGUGAUGCAGUGAGUGAUGUUUCUAUAUUUGAACAAACAAAGGUAUCUUGUUAGGUCAGUGUGUUUAUCAUGUUUUGAAAAACUGCAUUUUGGGUUUGAAA